AUGGAUGAACCUUUUAAUUUCCACACCGGUCAUACAACCCAGACAUACCCUUACCUGCCCACAUGGAGGAACGAGAUCCCGAGAGAUCUCGCGACCACUAACGAGACAGCUUCUUUGGAUACCUAUUAUCAACCACCUGCGCUGAUCUCUGUGAGAUCGCCGCGCUUUCACGAUGCUCGUGAACUGCGAGCUCAAAGUAAAAGCCGCUCCCAGCCUCGAUCAAGUCCGACGAUCUCGGAUAUUUCCCCUUGUUCUCCUCCAAAGCGACAAAAGACAGUUGACUCUGCGUCGACCACAAGCUCGUUUCCGCUGCCGUAUAAACCUCCAUCGGCGAGUCAUUUGACUUCCUCUGAGCCUCCCUGGACUACAGUCUCACUAACCUCCCAGGAUAUCCAUUCAUAUCAGCCAGUUCCCCUCCAAAAUGAUAGGGGAAGGGCCCUUUAUGGUUCUGGAGGUGAUUCACGGACCGUGCCAGCAAACUUUCGCGAUGCGGGACUCUCUGAAUCAACACUCAACGCAGGCCAUUUUUUACCUCAGGACCAGUUGAACUGGCAAUAUUCACGGGCUGGGCCGCAGGACAGGAUACCCCGUGGACUAGGAUAUGGUGCUCGUCGUGGCCCACUGAAUCCACACCAUUCACCACGGUCUGAUCCGUCUUCUCGCUCCUUAAUGGACUUGUCAUUCUUUCCAGAAAACCAAAACCAAUCACUAUUUGACAUUCACACCAGCAGACAAUAUACAUUCUCUGGUGUAGAAACCGAGCUGCAAAGAGCCAGUCAGCCCCCCUUUUCAAAUUCCUCCGAUGAUUAUGAUCCCAUGGAUUUCUCUACCCCUUCUAAGAGUGUCCCAACGUGUGCGUCCAGAUAUCAUUCAAUUCCAGAUGCGAAUGAUUCGACACGGCCUAUUCGAGAAACCCCCUAUUGGCCAGAAAUGAAAGAUGAUCCCAUAUUCUACGAUCUCUCAGAAGAAGGGCCCACUGUAUCAAUUGAGGAACUAAUCGCCCGUCGAAAGCUGGCGCUCAGAGAUCAUGUUAUUCGGCCGGUCAUGAAUGAAAAGGGCACACAAACUGAUUUUGAGGCCCCCUCGCCUGCCAUUUCGACCCGUUCAGUGAAUCUAGACCAUCCAAGGACAUUAGAAACCACUCCUCAGACUACUCAAGCCGUGGAAACUACUUCUCAACCCAACUCCAGGCCUACCAAAUCCUUUCGGAGAACGAGGACCAAUGGCAUAGCAAACCACAGACGCCCUGGAAGAAAUCACUUUUCUGAAAAACCAGCUGGCCAGUCACGGCACAGGAUGAGGAGCCUUAAAAGACUGAGAACCGUCACGGAAGACUAUGAAAACACAGUUGAUAGACAGGAAGAUAGCGACUUGAGACAGCGAGACAAUUCAGUCUACAGGUGGUAA